UUAAGGACAACUAUAACAACUCUGUUAUUGUCCUCCAAACACAGAAACAAAGCACAGUUUUAAAAAAAAAUCAUGCAAUUACAUCAUAACAUCUGUCCAGCCUUUUAAAGACAAACAAAACUCAAUGUUGGUGGUUGUUAAUUCUGCAUGUUUCCACCCAUUACAUUAAUCUACACAGACACUCCAUUCCCCCAGUCCUCUCACUGCUCCCCCUCUGUGAUCAUUAUAGCAGUUUAUUUCCUUUCAAUGUCACUUGCAGGAUGAUAUGGAUGAACACAUCAAGAUCCCUCAGUGUAUCCGUGCUCCUUUUCCUGUGGAGUUUCCUCUAACAUUGGACCAAUAAAACUCUUCACACUUGUCCAGAUUAAACUCUGUCCCCAUUUCACCAUCCAGGUUUCCAACUGGUCUGCAUCCAGUUCUGUCUGUAUGUUCACCAUCCACAACUGCACCAACAUUCAUGUCAUCAGCAAGCUGUUCAGCCCGUGUGUGUUUUAAUCUGAUCAGACAGAGGCCCCAUCACUGAUCACUGUGGAUACACUGGUUACAGAUCCGCAGUCAAAAUCAUUCUCAGUUCCAUCAGCCUGAAUCUUGCUACACAAUACACCCCAUUCAAACCCUCCCACACAGAGAAUCGAGGAAAGUUACAUAUUUAUCACAAGCCCAGAGUUGGAUUCAAUGGUCUGGUCUUGUUGCUCUGGAUGCCCUGCUGCAAAGUACAUUCAGAGUAGUUGAAUGUAACCAGGUACAUCAUCCCUGAGAUACCAAUAUACAACAUUGUGUCACAAACAAGAGAAAAUCUGUAGAUGCUGGAAAUCCAAACAACACACACAAAAUGCUGAAGUAACUCAGUAGGCCAGGCAGCAUCUGUAGUACAAAAAAAUACAGUCAAUGUUUCGGUCCAAAAACAUUUGGCAAGACUGGAGACAAACAGAGUUUGUCAAAGAGAGUGAGAGUUGAAAUGUGGGGAUAAGGGAGAGAGAAAACAAGGUGACAGGUGAAUGCCGAAAUGGUGGAAUGAAGUAAAGAGCUGGGAAGUUGAUUGGUGAAAGAGAGAUAAGGCCAUGGAAGAAAGAAAAGGGGGGAAGAGCACACGGUGUAGGUGAUGGGUGGGCAAGGCGAGAGAGGAAAAAGGGGAGGGGAAUUGGUGAGGGGGGCAUUACCAGACAUUCAAGAAUUUGACGUUCAUGCUAUCAGUUUGGAAGCUACCCAGAUAGAAAAUGUUGUUCUUCCAAGCUAAGUGUGGCCUCAUCGCAUUGUAUGAUUUUAUUUAAUUAAACUUGAUUUAAUCAAAGAGUUCAACUAUAAGAAUGAAACUGGAAGAAUUUUAUCCAUUUCCACUGCAUGAGAGAUUCGAAAAUACAGUGCGAAGUCCAACUCCCUCACAGUACCAGAGACUGACAGAUACAGAAUGAUCCCCGCACUCUCACACUGUACCAGAGACUGACAGAUACAGAAUGAACCACACACUCUCUCACACUGUACCAGAGACUGACAGGUACAGAAUGAACCCACACUUUCACACUGUACCAGAUUAAGACGGGUAGAGACAAUCUGUUGUUUAACAAAUCUGGACAACCCUCAUCACCACCUCAGCAGCACCACUUUGACCACUUUACACUGCAAUGGGAUCUUGUUGAAAUUCUGUCGCCUCUUUAUAAUUCAGUAGAACAUGUUUUUAUUGUGUGAAUGUUGUGUCUCCGAUACUGUGUGUCACUAAUCUGCUGCAAGCCAGUUGCAUAUGACAAUAAUCGAAUUUCACCCUCACUCAGAAAUGGGUCUCUCAUGCUGACAAUUGGAUCUUCGAUCUCCUGCUGCCAUAUUUCAUUACGUAAAUGUUUCAUAUUAUCAAGUGUGAGUUUUUCUCAUUCCAUCUGCUUUUCUAGCAGACACCAUAGGUCGAAUGGCCGAAUACUGCCCCUGUACUUUAUGGCCCAUUUUGUAUUUUAGAUUCCCCUCCUGCCGAAUGAACCGGCAGCGGCAACUCAGCAGAUCAACGCCAGUUCCCGGUCCACGGUGUUAGCCAAAACGACAACGGGCAGUGGAGAGAGUUCUGAUUGGUUGUGCUGUUCCUUCAGAUAGCCAAUCAAAUGAUAGGACUGCAUGAAUCGUUUCUUCAAAUAGCCAUUGGGAAUUCAAAGCAUUGCCAUCCCUCAUUAGCAUACUGUUCUGGGUGCUGCCUAUUUAGUUUGGGCUCCCGGCCAGUUCUGCUUAUUUCUGGGUCUGAAACGGACGGACGGAAUGCAUGAGCCAGCGAAAUCCGCUCCGAAGAAGGGCGCCAAGAAAGCUUUGCCCAAACCAGCGGGUAAGGCAGGGAAAAAACGCACGAGGCUGAGGAAGGAGAGUUACUCCAUCUACAUCUACAAAGUGAUGAAGCAGGUUCACCCCGAUACUGGCAUCUCCUCCAAGGCCAUGAGCAUCAUGAACUCGUUCGUCAACGAUAUCUUCGAGCGAAUCGGGGGCGAGGCUUCCCGCUUGGCCCACUACAACAAGCGGUCAACCAUCACUUCCCGGGAGAUCCAGACCGCUGUGCGCCUGCUGCUGCCCGGGGAACUGGCCAAACACGCAGUGUCAGAAGGGACGAAGGCGGUGACCAAGUACACCAGCUCCAAGUAAA